CAGCAGCCGCUGCUUGGACUGGCUCUCCUAAUGAAGUGCUAAUAAGACGAUUCUGGCAGGAAGCUGCACUGGAUACAGAAAGGCAAAGCAAUUCCCAGAAAGCUGCCCAGGAGCUUCUGCCUUUGUUGCUAUUGAUGGGCUGGAAUGGACAGUCUCUGCAGCAUCCAAAAACAGAAAGCCACGGAGAGGCAUCACAGAGCUGAAGUCAUGAUUGCAGGCGAGCAACUCAGAUGUUGGAGUGCAACUCCCAGUAUUCUUCACCAAGUUUGUGGUGGCUGAUGGGACCUGUGAUCCAGCGACAUUAGGAGUGCCCCACAACAAACACUCCUAAUUGAAGAGGCGAGAGAAACCUGUCCAUUAUAAACAGUCAUUGAGUCCAAACACCUGGAUUGCUUUAUGUCACACUAGUCCUUUCUGAAGGAAUUCUCUUCCAAUGUUCACUUGCUUCUUACCAGAACUUGGAAGAAUUACUUUGUUGGAAAAUACUUUCCAGGGCUGUCCAUGCUGCUUUGAGGAUUCUUUGAGCUAUACACAAAAUGAAUUUGUUUUUCUACCUCUUUUUAAACUGAAGAUUGCACAUCAGUGCUGCCAAAGCAUUUCAGUGUUUUUUGUGUUGUCUGCCUGUGUUUUUUCAGAUCUGACAUGUUUCCAUUUUGAAAUGGAACAUUGACCCACAGCACAAUUAUAGCACCGGGCUCUCUAGGGCUUCGGCUGCAUGAUGGGAAGCUGAUAAAGGACAGGCGCUACCAUCUCCGCACAUAUCCCAAUUGCUUUGUGGCCAAGGAGCUCACUGAUUGGCUGAUCAAUCACAAGGAGGCACCAGAUCGAGAAACGGGCAUUCGGUUGAUGCAGAAGCUCAUGGACCAUAACAUUAUCCAUCAUGUUUGUGACGAACAUCUGGACUACAAGGAUGCCAAACUGCUGUAUCGCUUUCGAAAGGACGAUGGGACCUUCCCUCUCAAUAAGGAUGUCAAGGUGUUCAUGAGGGGUCAGAGCCUGUACGAGACGUUGAUCAAUGCAGAAGACACCUUCCUGAAGGUUAGAGAAGAGAAUGCUGUGAAAUAUCAAAGGACAUUCCUCAGUUGUGAAAUGGUUGACUGGCUGGUCCAAGAAGGGGAAGCAGCAAACCGGAAAGAGGCUGUAGAGCUCUGCCAAACCCUCCUCGAGCAUGGGAUCAUCCAGCAUGUUUCCGGCCGGCACCAGUUUUAUGACAGUGACCUCCUCUAUCAGUUUCGCAUCAAUUUCCGUCGAAGGAGGCGCCUCACAGAGCUGCUCAACGAGAACUCGCUCAGGGCAUCCUCAGACAGCCCUGACAGCCCCUUCUGCCUCCGCAAACUCAACCCCGAGCAGAACAGUUCUAGCUUCCUCUCAGUCCAGCCCAAUAAAGAAAUCAAACUAGUCUCUGCAGUCCGACGUAGUAGUGUCACCUCGCUUGCUGGUGGAGCCAAUGCCUACUUCAAUCUCUCUCCAAGUCUGGGUCUCCUGCCAGCUGUUGAAUGCAACCCCAAAUCUGUAUUAAAGAGACCCAUCACCAAUGAGGAGCUGCUGACCCCUGGGGCCCCGUAUGUCAAGAAAACGCUCACGAUUGUGGGAGAUGCAGUUGGUUGGGGAUUUGUGGUGCGUGGAGGACAACCCUGUCACAUCCAGGCUGUAGAUCCAGGAGGACCAGCAGCUGCUGCUGGCAUGAAGGUGUGCCAGUUUGUUUAUUCUGUGAACGGGAUAUAUGUUCUACACUUGGACUACCAAACCAUCAGUAGUCUCAUCAUGACAGGGCCUCGGACACUUGUAAUGGAAGUUAUGGAAGGCAUUGAAUAAGUGAAAAGAAUGGGCCAUUCCUUUUUGACACAUCUAUUUGUCUGAGACUGGAAACAUACUUUGUUACUCAUGGAUGAGAUCCAGGCCAAAGGCAAUCUGGUCCAGUAAGGUGGUUUCCCCAGUUCCUUCUUCUGAAAUAUAGCAUACAGCACCUGGUAUUUGUUGGCAGUCUCCCAUCCAAGUACUAACCAGGGCUGACCCUGCUUUGCUUCCAAGAACAGAUGGUCUCUGAUGCCUCUCGAGGCAUUUAAGCUCUACUGUGGUUGGUACAUGCUGCAUGGUGGUCAAUGACUCCAUCCUUAGUUUUCAGAUUUUGUAUGAUCCUGAACUGGAAACCCAGACUAGAUGCACAUCAUGGAGGAAUACAUAACAGUUUUAGACUUAGAACGAUCUCAUGUGUGAAGAGGGAAUGUGAGGAUAUCCUGGACCCAAGUCUUUUGCUUUCUAGGCCCUGCGGCAAAAAUUGUACAGCAUACCAAAUUAUAGUUUUCUUCAUAUAUUCAAAUGCUGUCCUCCCCAAGUUAUACUCCUCAAUGCCGUUCUCAUCUGCUGUCUUUAGUUAGAUCUGUCUGCGGCACAUUCAUGAAUAGACAAUUCCAUCUGGCAACCACAGCUCACAGCUCAUGACCCUUCCCUGACGCUUGGAGUUUGGGUCCUGCUGAAUUUUCAUGAAGGGGCUUUUCAGAGACUUGAAAGGAGCACUUGUUAAAAUUUCAUUCCUCAAAGAACCUUUGCUGGGUAAUCACUAGCCAUCGCUUCCUGUUUGGAGACGAUGGUGUAAUAGCCGCCCUACAGUGGCUGGAGGAGAAAGGAGGAUUUUCUAACUGCUUUUGGAAAGAUAUUUGUGUCCAAUUCACAAUCCCAAUACCUUGAAGACAGGCAACAGCAUAAACUGGAAAUGACACCUCGCCAACCAUCUCGCCGAAGGGACUACAACUCCCAGAAUUUUCCAGCCAGUUUGUUCCUAAAUAAUACAAACAGGCAAAUAUGAAUCCUGGUCUUGAGGUCUUUCCUUGCCUCCAGACAUUCUGUAAGAGGAAUGCCUUCCUUUUUAAAGGUUCCAUGUGUCAUGUUGCAAUUUGAAGUUGGGACCCUCAAAAGUUUUGAUGCUCAGGAAUAACCUAUAGAUACCUCCCUUGCCUUCAGAAGUCCAAAAAAGAACAAGAGCUAAGCAACAUGUUCCUACUAUCUGAUAGAUCCAAAGGAAGGCACAGCCAAGUCCCCAGCAACAGAUUAAAGAUAAGAAUGCAGUAUGUGUUGGGAGCAUUUCAAUCCCACACACAAUAUGUUGGAUUGUUGUUAAAAAAAUUCAGACCCAUCAUUAUGAAAUAACCAUCCAUUGUUCAAGCAAGGACAUCUUCCACUAUGCCGGCCAAUAUCAAUCCCUAAAGUCAUCCUUUCACAUUUAAUGAGCUCACACAGGCAGAAAGGUGGAUGGUGGACAGAUAUAGAAGACAGACUCAAGAAUGAAAAGCUUUAAGUUUCCCACCAUACUGUACACCAAUCACAAACUAUAAACCUUACAACAAUGAAUGUAUUUUUAAACCAAUAAGAUUGAGGAAUCAUAAUUUGUACCAAUCACAGCAAUAACUAUUCUUUCAAAUGUCUAUAAAAUGUCCAUAUCUGUAACUGAGAAGUAUGUCAGUUUUAGAAAUUUCCCGCUGACAUCCUUGUUUGACUAAUGGAGAAAUAAACAAUCUGCCUCUGCCCUUGA